AAUCUUGAAUCUUGAAUCUCAAUCUUCAAUGCGUAGUCUGAUACGGGCAAUAGCGUACUCUUUCGCUACGCUACAUGCGAGCGAGAGAGAACGCAAGGAGCACGGAACAGAGAAUGUCCUUUUCUACAUGCACCUUUGCCUCCACUCCUAAACACUCGGUCUAGAUAUACUAUGUCUAUGGCUGUUCUAUAAAUCGCCUAUAUGUUUAUUAUGAAUAUAUUUCUAAAUUAUUACGUGUGUUUACUAAACAUAAGAUGGAUGUAAUAAAAAAUAUAAUCUUUCGCUAAUUUGAGCAAGAAAAAUUAAUCGAUUUUUUCUUGGAGAAAUACUUCGUCAUGGCUGCGAACAACGGUGAAUUUACGAAUGUUGUUGAAACAGAGAUUAUUAAAGGUGAACAGGAUGAUGUAUUGGAAAAAUAUCUACUAUUGAAAAAGAAAAAAAUACAGAAAAAGCAGCGCUCGAAGACGAUAGCAUUGAGAAUCAUGAAAAGAAUGUCCUUUUCUACAUGCACCUUUGCCUCUGUAAAAUCUGCAUCUCUUCGCAUCGAGGAAUUAGCACGACCCACUAAACAACGCGUAUUGAUUACACUGAAAGAGAAAAUAUCGAUAUUGUCACCAGCAUUUGUAAAUAAUCUUAUUAGAAUCAUUGAGGCUGAAUCUUGCUUAACUCCAGAGGAAGCGGCACGAACUCUUCGCCGGAAAAAACGUGGAAGGAAGAAGAUAACACAAUUUUCACCACUCAUAAAAAAAUGGGUAAAAGAGAUUACAGAAGAUAUUACACACACAACAAUGCUAGACAGGGAUGCGACAAUGUGUCAAUAUUUGAUGGCUGAACACUUUGUUAAGAGCAUUCUUGGACAUCAGUGUGAAACGCGAAAGGAUAUUCGCGAAAUCGCGGCUGUGAUAUUCAAACACUUAAUAUCUUUCGACAAAUAUACGACGGAUGUUCGAAAUGGCGAUCGAGCAAUGCAGCAGUUGCGCUUUUUAGCCAAUAUAGUAGCUUGCUGGAUAGCUGAGAUACUUAUUGAAGUUGCUGAGAUCCAUAAAGAAACUCUGGAAGAAUAUUUAAAAAAAAGACAAAUGAAAAUGAUAGAGGCAUCCACAUCGAAAAAACAUGCCACUGGUGCUGUCUGCAAGAAAAAUACAAUAAAAUUUGAGCUAACAGAAGGACAGAAAGCUGAUAUAAAAGAAGCUUUUGAUUUAUUUGAUCCAGAUGGUACUGGAAAAAUUGCUACUAAAGAACUGAAAGUUGCUAUUAGAGCUCUGGGCAUUGAACCAACAAAAGAAGAAUUAAAAAGGCUUGUAACAGAUGUAGAUCCAGAUGGUCUUGGCAAAUUAUCUUAUGAAGAAUUCUUAAAUAUAAUGACAAUGAAAAUGUCAGAAAAAGAUUCAAAAGAAGAAGUAUUAAGAGCUUUCCGUCUUUUCGAUGAUGAUGAUACAGGGAAGAUAUCUUUCAAAAAUCUAAAAAGAGUCGCACAUGAAUUGGGGGAAAAUCUGACCGAUGAAGAAAUACAAGAAAUGAUUGAUGAAGCGGAUAAAGAUGGCGAUGGAGAGAUAUCCCAAGAAGAAUUUCUGAGAAUCAUGCGAAAGGCAUAUUUAUAUUAGGAUAUUGUUGAAGUACAUAAUGUGCUUUUAAGUUAAAUAUGUGUUGUAUGCAUAUACCUAAAGAAAAGACUGAUAUAUGUAUUAGCACAAUUAUAUAUUUUUGUCAAAAAUAUUUUUUUAUAGUAUUUGUGUUAAUAUAUGGAAUAUAUUCAGUAACAUGCCAUUAGUAUGUUAAAAUAAAAGACACUCUAACUGUA